AUUAUGGACGUAACCAUAAAUAAUGAAGAAUUCGACGAGGAUGACCUUAUUCCUCUGGAAUUAAAUCUAAACAGCCCAACAAUCAGUUACAACAAACAAUAUUAGAGAGUUUUAGCAGUCACAAAUUUGGUUCCGUAAGAGUUAAAAGAACGUCAUUUGACAUUUAAGUCCUCUUUUUUAUUGACAGUAAGCAUCGCGAUGCGCAGGUAUUACUCUACCAUUUUCAUGGUGCUACGUAUCCGCCUUAACACCUAGUUCAAGUGAGAGGUAAAUUUAUCCCAGAGUUAAGCCUUAACUCUGAGAUAACUAUGACGGUGCAAAGACUAAUUCGAAGUUAGCGCACUUUAACCCGAACCGAUGCAAACCACCAUGGAGUUACAUCGAGUAAUUCAACAGGGUCACUGGAAAGCGUUCUAUAUUUUAUGACAGAGUGUCAGCUGAUUUACUACAUGUUAGGUUAGGAGCCACAGCCAGCUGCUUUGUGUCAUGUUUUGUGAAGGUGGGUUUAUCCUUGUUUUGAAUUUUGAAUAUCUUCAAAAAAAGCAGUAGUUUUUUUCUAAAACUUAACGAGAUAAUUAAAGUUAAUGGAAGUCUCAUCACGGAGUUGUCUGUGAACAAAUAUUUAGUAAAUGAGUGAAAUCAUAUAAUUUGCAAUCACUACUGGAAAGGUACAAAGUGCAUGUAUCACCUUCACAAGACCUGUCCUUGAAAUAAAACUAGUGCGAUUACUGCAUUUGAAUAACUAAUUACAUAAAAAUGGGCAACAGAUCAUCGCUCCUUUUACGCGAGGAGGAAAUCGCCCAAAUUCAACAAGAAACUGGAUUCACUCCAAACCAAAUAGAACGUCUGUACAGUCGUUUUACCUCACUGGAUCGCGGUGACUGUGGUACAUUGAGUAGAGAUGACUUCCUGAGGAUACCAGAGCUAGCAAUCAAUCCAUUGGGUGAACGAAUUGUGAAUUCAUUCUUUCAAGGAGAUGAGUUUGCAGAUAGAGUGAAUUUCAGACAAUUCAUGCAUGUGCUGGCACAUUUUAGGCCUAUCAAACGGAAUAAAGAAAAUAAGCUGAAUUCUAGAGAGGAAAAAUUAAGAUGUAAGAAUUUUAUAAUUUUAUUUGCCUUCAAAAUGUAUGAUCUUGACAACGAUGACAUGAUUUCCAAAGAUGAAUUGCUAGCCAUUUUGCACAUGAUGGUUGGUACUAAUAUCAGUGAGGAACAGCUGAUCAGCAUUGCAGAACGCACCAUCCUUGAAGCAGAUGAAGAUGGUGACCAAAUGAUAUCUUUUGAAGAAUUCUGUAAGGCAUUGCAGAGGACUGAUGUUGAACAGAAAAUGAGUAUAAGAUUCUUGAACUAAGUAAUUUUUAAUUUUAUUCAUUCAAGAUUAGCUUUAUGUUUGGUGACAGUUUAGUAGUUGAUAUUAUAAUGCCUAAGCAACAGUGAUUGUCACAGUUAUUUUCUUAUUAUAUUAUUAUUAAUGAUAAUUUUUUACAUAUUAAAAAGUAUACAAUAUUACUUAAAAUUGUUUAGAAUGAAACUGUUACCAAUGUUUAAGGCGGGCGAAGCUUUGAUGAGCUAGGAUCCUCAUUUGCUCCCAUAUUUUUUAUCAAGAUCUUUCAUGUUUUCUGACCAACCAUGCCAAUACAGAUCUCGCCUGGACUGACAAAAUUAGCAGAACUGUUUUCUACUGUAUUAGUUCAUUUUCAUUAGCAUUGAUGGUAUGUCUUAAGGGUCCUAUUAUUUGUAUAAAUGUGUAUGUAGCCAUUGGGCAUAGCUUAGUAUAAUUUAUCUAUUCGGGACAAAAUAUAUAGUAAAACUACAAAUGUUUAUUUUUUCAAGUACCCAUAUGUUAGUUUACAAGCAUACCUAAUUAAAAAACACUGGAAAAUCAAAGAGAUUGUGGAUUGUUUAAAAAAAUCAUUUACAAUUUUGUAACAAACUUUUAUUUUCGAAAUAUUCAAAUCCACCAUAGUGGCGCAAUUGGAAUAUAUACAGUGCAUUGUCUAUAAACUUAUUACUGAUUUAAAAUGAAUCACAACACAUCAAACGUAAAAACUAGAGAAAAACGAUCAAUAAUUUAAUGAUAACACCUUAGCUUUAUAAAAUCUAUUGAUACUAUUUUAAAUAAAUUUAAGAACUACUCAAUCGCAUGUAUUAUUUAUACAAUGUAUUUUAUGAUUACGGCCUUGUCUAUGACAACACACUCUCGUAUUUAGAGUUCAGUUGCC